AUGGUGCCUGACUUACAACGGUUCGACUUAAUGAUGGUGCAAAAGUGGCACACAUUUUGAAUCUCCAGCUUUUCCCAGGCCGGUUGUCCGCCGCACCAUACUCUCUGGCACUGUUCAGCUCCACCAGCUCCCAAACAACCACACAUGAGGCAAACAACUGGCACUUUACAACGUGCAGUGUUGCUAAGCUGUGAUGUUCGGCAGGGCGGAUGCGGGGCCGGACCCUGAACCCUCAGACCAUUUACCCUGUGCUGCCAAGACUCCUCGCCCUCCUGCCCUUGUCCUGUCAGAAGCGGCUUUGCUGCCGAAGCCACAGCCAGGACGUCUCCAUGGACAACAGCCUGUAUCCAGAGAAGAUGAGGAAGGGCAUGCUGCAGGGCAGUGGAGACAAGUGGGUGAUGGCUGAAGACGGGCCAAGCCAGGAGGGGCUCAGUCGUGCCUUUGUCCUCCAGGAGACCUCACUGCGAAAGGGACCUGGGCUGCGGCUUUGUCCUCACUGCCAGAUGCUCCCUGGACCCAAAGACUUCUCUCUCUCUCUGAGGCCAAAGCCCAUCUCUCGUCUGCCCUGAGGAGAGGGUGGAGCUGACCUGGUACAGGGGCUAGGAGCUGGCGUGGGAGCUUUCUUGACUUUCAUGCAUCUGUUCUAAGUGCAGAUGUUGAAAACUUUAGGUCUCAGAACUCCUUUACAUUCUGUAAAGGUAGAACCCCAAAGAGGUUUUGCUUCUGUGGGUCAUAGCAUUGAUCAUUACUGCAAAGACAUUAAAAUAGAGAUUUGUUUUGUUUUGUUUUUGAGACAGGGUCUCUCUGUAUAGUUCAAGGUAU